GUAUUCUAGAUUGCCUAUUCAUCACAAAUUCUGUCUCCUCCAGAAUCCAGGAAAGAAUAAUUAAGAUAUUUUCAAAAUGGAAAGUUCUCAUGCCAAAGAUUUUUGCCUUCUUCACCAUACUAUGAUUUCCUGAUGUUCUUAAAGGCUCAAGAAUGGGGCUGAGUACACGCUGUGUGCUAAGCAAAGAAUAUUUGGAUUGAAUUGAAGGCCUGCAGAACGUGGACUAUUCAGAGACACUGAAUUUGGCCUUGGGUGAAUACCUGCCUUGGGUUGGCCAACUAGCAGUCAACAGCAAUGAGCCAAAAGAGACAAACCAAGUUUCAAAACGGCAAAUCAAAGACAUCAGAAAAUAGCUCAGCUAAACGUGAGAAAGGAAUGGUUGUCAAUGGCAAAGAGAUUUAUGAUGCAGUCGGGCGAUCAAAAUUUGUUCUAGAAAACCUUCGGCAUUACACAGUCCAUCCAAAUUUGGCCCAGUACUAUAAGCCUCUGAAGGCCACUGCACUGCAGAAAUUCCUGGCUCAAAACAAGAAAACCACCAGCUUCAUGUUAAAAGUAACAGAGUAUGACCAGGAUAAGACCUUACUGAUUAUGACCAACAACCCACCUCCCUGCUCAAUCACCCAUCAAGACAAGGAGAGUGCACCCAAAUACUUUUCCAAGGAGUUACUGCUCAAGGUCAUGGAGAGUCAUCAUCAGCACAAACCCACUGAGAAUCUCUGGCUGCCCCGCAUGCCUCAGAAAAAAAAGUUAAGAUCUAAGUUGAAACCAAUCUUCCCUUUGACACUGUCGGACGAUCCUACAUCCAAGAGAGAACAAUGGUUUAGGUUUUCCACCGACAAUGAUUUCAAGAGCGAAGGGAAGUAUUCAAAAGUCUACGCUUUGAGGACGCAGAAAAAAACGUACCCUCAGCUCACCUUUGCUCCAGUCCAUGAGAGAGGUAUGAAGAAAGACGCUUCCAAGAAGUCAGCGAGUGAAAGGCCGAUUUCCAAGGUGAUUCGGGAACCACUGACACUCGCAUCGCUCCUGGAAGAGAUGCCCACCAGAACCGCGCCCGGGGAGAGCGCCUUCCGCAACGGGAGGGCCCCGCAGUGGAUUAUCAAAAAGGCCACGGUCAUCGGGUGAACACAGAACCCUCAGUCCUCCCGCCUCGCUCUCCUGAGACUGAGGGGUCCGCAGAGGUCGCCAACCAAAUAAAACCACAUUCCUGCUGCUGCGGGCGUGGGCUCCCGGGUCACGGGCCGGGAGGGUCUGGCCGAAGCCUCCGGCGGCUGCGGAAGCAGGAGAGGGCGUGGUUGCGUCCCCGGGGGACGAGGGAGGCCGGGGAGGGCGGGCCUUGGCCCCGAGUGACGGCGCGGCGGCCCAACCGGCGUGAGAGCGCGGGGCCGGCCUUCCUGCAGCCUCUUCCGCUCUCCGGCUGCGGCGCCUGGGACGGUUGCGGUGGGUCUGGGCUUUGGGAAGUCGUCCAAGAUGAUUAAAAAAUUCGACAAGAA